GAUGUAAUUACUUUUUGUAUAUUAUACUAAAUUGCAGGUUCAGAGGUUACAUAAACAUAUAGUAUAUCAAUUGAGAUGCAUUCGCUAUUACUGUUAUGUAUAACUUUUUACGUAAUUUACAAAUAUCUAACUCGUAAUUUCGAUUAUUGGGAACAAAAAAACGUGCCGUAUAUAAGGCCAAAACCGUUUUUUGGAAAUAUCUGCGAGGUGUUCUUUUUCCGAAAACAAUUUGCGGUUCAAAUAGCAGAACUGUACCAUCAAAUUCAAGAUCGUAUGGUGGGAAUUUUCAUUUUAAACCAACCAUUUCUGAUUGUGAAAGAUCCCGAAAUCAUUAAACAUGUACUCGUUAAGGAUUUCGACAUCUUCAGGAACAGAAGCAUUUACUCCAAUGAAAAUAUAGAUUCAUUGUCUGCAAAUUUCAUGUUUUUCGCCGAAGCCAAUAAAUGGAAAAUACUUAGAACGAAGGCGAGCCCAAUUUUCACUUCCGGAAAAUUAAAAAACAUGUACGGCACAGUAGGUAGCAUUGUAAAAAAGUUUGUUAAUUAUUUAACAGAAGAAACAGUAAAAACUCCUAUCCUGGACGCGAGAGAAGUAUGUGCCCGUUAUUCGAUGGAUGUUGUAGCCACCACCAAUUUUGGCGUUGAUGCCGCUUGCCUGAAAGAUAAAAAUGCCGAUUUUUACUUGAUCGGAAGAAGAAUGUUUGAUUUCAGCUACGAAAAUACCAUUCGACAGGCUGCUUAUUUUGUUGCGCCUUUUUUUAUCAAAUUUGCAAAGUUGCAAACUUUCGAUCGACAUGUCUACAACUACAUUAAGCAUUUGACGACAUCACAAAUCAAUUUUAGAGAAGAAAAUGACAAUUAUAGAAACGGUGAUAUAAUAGAUAUUUUGGUUGAAUUUAAAAGAAGAAAAGUUAUAAACGACAUGAUUUUCGAAAACAAUUUUUUGUUUGGUCAGGUUGGCCAGGUUUUCUUUGCUGGUUUUGAACCUCUUACGGUUGCUUUAUCCUUUGGACUGUACGAAUUAGCUUUAAAUCCUGAAAUACAAAACAGAAUCAAAACUGAAAUAAUUUCCGCCCUUCAGGAACAUGAAAAGAUUGAUUACGAAGUUACACGGAACGGCUUACCCUACUUAGACCAAGUUAUAAAAGAAGUUUUGCGAAAAUAUCCACCCCUCUCCCUGUUGGAUAGAAAAUGUUCCACAAUAUAUAAAAUACCAAACAGCGACGUUAUCAUAGAACCAGGAACGCCCGUUUAUAUUUCUGUGUACGGGCUUCAUCAUGACGAAAAGUACUUUCCAAAUCCUGAAAAAUUUAUUCCCGAACGAUUUUCAAAGGAAAACGAACGAAAUAUUUCAGAUUAUUUUUAUUUGCCAUUUGGUAACGGCCCAAGAAAUUGCAUAGGAAAACGAUAUUCAAUUAUUGUCCUAAAACUUGCUCUCGUAGAAAUUCUCUCCGAAUUUGAGAUAAAGACUUGCAUAAAUACCCCGCUAAAAAUUGAAUAUUCACCAAAAUCUUUAACACUGGUACCUAAUAAAAACUUAUAUUUGAAGUUCAAAAAGUCAGCAAUACAUUUUUAAACUUUAAUAUUCAUAGCAUGACUGUAUUUUGCAGUUAAAUAACAAUUGCAAACACUAAACAAAUAAGAAGAAUUACUUCACUUACGUUAUUCGUUUAAUAUUAAAUUAGCAUUUUAAAAACCGGGCGUUAAGACAGAUUUGCUCCAAUUUUUUUCGGUAUGCAGAUUUUAGGGUACCUACGUCAAUGAAGGUCAAAACAGUGACAAAAUGGGGAACAACUGAUUUUCGUUAGGGUACUUACCGACCUACCGAAAAGAUAACUUCAAAGUAGUAGUUUUUGUAGUCCAGAAUUAUUGUGUAAAGUAACUGAAGGACUGUCGAAAUUCAUUCGCUAUAACCGACAGACGCUAUAAGCAAUUACGUAUUUGUUUUAUAUGCAUAUGUACACGGUUGUUAUGCACAAACAUAUUCGACAAUUAUUUAUAAAAUAAUAAAUCCUACGACUUCAUUUUAA